GCAGAGUGGAGACACUCCACACAUUUUUUUAUUCACCUGCCGUGCGCGAAACUUCUCACCUUUGUUUGUCGUCUGACCUGAGAUAGAGUUUGUCAGAUUUGGGGCAAAAAUGGCGGGAAGUCGUUGAAGGUGUCGCGCUGUCGUUUGAUUUUCUGUCAGAAACUGUGCGUUGUGAUUGUGUCGUCUGAUAUUCUGAGGGAAGUUGUGAGAUAUGGCGGGAAAUGCGUGUAAAAGUCGCGACGUCUGUGAAGAGGACAAAUACUGAAGGUCAGUCGGUGAGAUUUAAAGGACGUAUUCUGACGUCUGCGGAACGCCAUCUUGGCCACUGAAACUCUCCUACUUUCGUCAUCACUGAGGCAUUUUCUUUAUCUGCAAGACUGUCGACGAAGUUUCGACUUCAAGUUUCUCAGAAAUAAUUUUCGUUCUGAAUUGCGUCAGACAACUUCUGAGUAGUGACGACCUCAAAGAUUCUAUCCGACUAUCGUCUGCGACGCCAUUUUGGUCACCGAAACUGUCCGCACUUCUUUAAAUUAAAGCACCGUCAAAACCUCUGAGCAUCACGACCAGACGCAUCCUUGGCGAAAAUCUUUUUAUUCUGAUUUACCAAAAACAAGGGUCAAGUGGUGUCUAUAUUGUGAUACGUGCGUAUCUUAAGAGGUUGUUCCUUUUUAAACAUGUAUACACCGAACGGGGGCGCAGCCACCAUUCCAAACGGUAGAGCGUCAAACGCUAGCGAGUUCCGUCCGCAAAGGAUUCGAGUCACCAAGGUCAAGAUCAUAAACUUCCUCCUAGAACUCUGCCAAUGGUCUUCUCUCGCUAUCCCGUGUUUUGUGGCCUCCGAGGGAGUUGCCCGAACGGUGGACAGAAUCCAGGUGGGCAAUACGACGAGUAACGCCGAGGAAGCAAGCAGCAACGACCCGCUACCCUACUACUGGUUGCUUGUUGCCGCGUCCAUUGCUUAUGUGGCUACAGUUACUUUGCUUAUCUACCUGCCUGUGAAAUACUGCUUUAUGUGGAAGAACAGAUUUCUGUUGGAGAAUGCGAAAUGGCUUCCCGCCAUUUUGAUGCACCUGUUGCUGAGUGUAUUACCGUGUAUGGCCCUCAUGCUGGUCGGGAUCGAGUUACAGGCAGCCAACAGCGAAAUCGCGGCCCAGUUUGACACCUACACGCACUUCGCCGUGCCGCUGGUCGUACUCGGCGUUCUCGUCACGAGCUGGGUCGAGAAGGUCCGAAGAUUCCCGAACCUGAGCUCGGCGGGCGCGGAAAUGACCGAAGGGCCGACUAGCCCUCGGUCAAUGGUGAAUCCGGUUUACACCAUCGACGGUGCGGACGGCAGCCAAUCAACGGACGAGCAGUCGCCGCGUGACCCGCCGGGCCCGAGCGCCCCGCACACGCCUGUAUCCAUCCGCCGGAGUUUCCCGAUGUCGUUCUCGUCGUCCCGAAGUUCCCCGAGGCCGCGGCCGAAGCUGACGUCAAACGACGACCGCGCCCGAAUCCUCUCGGCCGAGUUCUUCGCGGUCUACGACGUCCUCGAGCUGCUAUUGGUCACGAACUUUCACGACGUUUGCCGAACGUACUGGAUCUUUCCGAUCUACGUCGUCGCUUUCUUGAGCAUGUUUAAAUCAAUACUUCGCCUCGACCAUAGAUUUCUGCCUAUAGUAUCCAUGGCAACGCACGAAAUACCGUUUUUGAUCCUCCGCAUAGCGUUGCUUGCAAAAUUUGGCAUAGAGAUAAUGAGCGUGGUGUACCUUAAAAAUCUAGCCGUGAUCGCGUUUUACGUUUACUAUAACUUCAUCGUCGUGAUUAUAAAAUCGCGAGCUUUCAACAGAAAUAGAUACUCUUUCCCAAAUCGCGACGACGCGGUUAGUACGACCAGCUUUUCUACCAUUUCGUCGCGACCUGGUUCUACCCUUUAUUAA